ACAUGAGCAGGAAUCUGUUUACAAACUGAGCUGCAGAAGACAAGGAAGGGGAGACAAGGAAGAGAGUGAAUGUGAGGGGAAGGAAAAGACAAGAGGGAGAAAGAAAGAGGGAGACAAGGAGGAGCACAAGAGGAGAACAAGAGGAGCACAGCGUCGGGAUCUGAAUGAAGAUUAGCUCGCUGUCAAAGCAGGAAGACAUGAGCGGGAGGAGAUGAGGAACACUGCUCAUAAUCGCACUGACUGAUGUCCUUUCCCUCUGUGUCACAGCCAGAGAGCAGAAAAACCAGGUUUAAGAGAAGAGAAGCGUCAUCUGUCAGAUGUUCAAUGUCCCACAGAUGCUGGCUUUGAUAUAUUUUUAUUUUUACAUGUCCUCAUAUUGUCAGCGUCUUCUCCACAUGCUCUUUGUCCUGCACAGAAAAGAAUCCACAUCAUAAAUCCAUCACCGCUGACUGAAUCCUCGCUCUUCAAGACGAGCAGCUGCCUCCUGAGGCAAGGAACUGGAAUCAGAUCACAAGGAUUUCUCUCCCAGUCUCCACUUGUCGGCCGUCAGAACUUUAAAAAAAGGGGACAGGACGAGGGAAAACACUGCAGGGAAAGUCCUGAAAAAGAACUUUAGAUUCAUUCAGUGGCUCAGUCUUACUCUCUGGCUUCUCAGUCGGGAAACAUCUAGACCAUUUAAUGCAUGUGGGCAAAUGGUGUAACGGUUGUCUGUGUGACCUCGGAUCGCAAAACUCCACACGCGACUGCAAGAUGACGUCCGAGGAGCUCUUCAACCUGCCGCUCAACGUCUACAUCAUCAUCCUGGGCAUCGGCCUCUUCGUCCUCAUGCUCAGCUUCAUCUUCUGCUGCUACCUCUUCAGACUGAGGCGACAAAGUGCAAGAGGACAGUUUGGAUACAGUGAGGUCGUCUUGAAAGGAUCAGACAAGAAACUGAGCCUCCUUGGUCAAACAUGUGCAGUUUGUUUAGAAGAGUUUUGCAGCCGAGAUGAACUCGGGGUGUGUCCGUGUUCACAUGCUUUCCACAAGAAGUGUCUCCUAAAAUGGUUAGAAAUCCGCAGUGUGUGCCCCAUGUGCAACAAGCCGAUUUGUCGCAUCCAGCCCGAACCUCCACACACACCAGAGAGGCCACAGAUCCCAAUGGCAAUCUGAGAGGGGGGACGCACAUCUAUCUGGUCUUCAUCGCCACCUGUCACUGUAGAGGGUCAUGUUUCACCAUUGGACACGCUGUAUUUGAAGUUAAAUGGUUCAGGUAGAGACAUCGUGGAAGAAUGCAUCUUGGUAUUCCUGAAGAACUGAGCCAAAGUCUAGAUAAUGCCAUUUACUGAACCCUAGCUGGGUUAUGCUAAUCCACAAGUGCCUCAAGCUUAAGGUCCUCUGAAGGCUGUAGGAAUAUCAAACUCACAGCUGGUGAUGGGGUGUUAUUGGAGCCUCCUAAACUGGAAAAGCCAUUAACUCUAGAUAUUUUAGUGCAGCGAGAGACUGUCAGGGAACAUCCAAGCUUGAAGGUCCAGGAAGAAUGGCACUAGCCCACUUUCUCCCAGUGAAAUUGAUUUUCCUGCUCAUAUUGGCUCACUCAGACAAUAUCUGGAAUCUUGACCAUGGAUGUGGCAGGAGGAGUUCUGAAAAAUGCUCAAACGUCUUUGGUGGACAAUUUUGGGACAUGUCGUGACAUGUGUGGAAGCAACAUACAAGACCUGUGUUAGCUCAGCUUUUCAACAAUACUACAGUUUUACUUGACUGUCAAUGUAACCUUUUAACCUCCGACAGUGUUGUCUGUUUACUGUCUGAUUACUCAAACAUUAUUGCAAGAUUAGAGCGCUUCUAGUUUUUGAAUUUAUCUGUGAAGGUUCUCAGACGUCCAGUUCUUGGUCAAAUUUCAUCAAGAGUCGCUGUUCUGUUUCACCUCUCGUGUUAAGAGGCAGUCGAACCUCCGGGUGUUUGAACCCCUGGCUGUUGUUUUCACAGUCAUUGCACUUACUGGCCCUGUGUACACAACCAUUGUUCAUGCAGUUAACUCGGGCUGGACAUGCAAAUGCUUGUUAUUUAUCCUGAGAGGGAAUGAAAAGACAGCAUUGUUGUGGUAAACGGGGAAUCACACCUACACAAGGGAGGCUUCAGCUGGGAAGUUUGUCAUCCAGUUUGUUUCCAUGCACACCGAAAUGCUGUUCAACCAAAAUUCUGAUGCUGUCCUAGUACCAUGGUUCUCAAACUGUGGUACGUGUACAUCCAGUGGUACAGUAUGUGAACUUUCUCUGGUGGUACGUGGGGGACAAUCAGAAAUACUGUUCUCCUGUAUAUACCAGGGUAUGUCACCUAAUCUCUGGCGGAAAGGUCCGUAGCUGACUUUGCUCGGUCUAUUUACGUCACUGUAUUUUAACGUUGGCGAUAAUGGCGUUACUUCAAGAGCUCAAUAUUUUUAAGUUUGAGAAUCAUUGGCCUAGUAUACAGACAUCCCAUUUCAGCUUGUUAGCAUGGCAGUUUUCAGUGUGGUGUGUCUUCCGACCAUUCAUGUGCUCAAAACUAUCCACUUCUUUAAGCUGAUCGAGCAUAAAAACACAUGUGCGACUCUGGACCGACUGAAGGUAUCAUGCAGUUGUAACUCAACUCCCUAAUCACAUUAUCUGGGUGUGUUAGGAUGAUCUCAAGAACUUUUUAUUUAGUAUAAUUUCAGUCAGACUUACAUGUCAAAGUUUCUUUUUUGUCCCAAUGUCAUGAAAAACUGCUGACUAAUUGUGAGCGGAGCUGUGUCAAGUGUUGCCGAACUGCUUUGUUUAUCUGUUGCUUCACUUUGCUGGCAUUGCACACGACAGAGGUUGAGAAAUGUCCAACUUUCCAAGCAGUGACAAGAGCACCUGCCAAUGAAUUCAUGUGUUUAAGCUUAAACACCACACUUAUCCAAACCGAGAUCCCAGACAAGACAGUUCUCCCAACAGUGGUGGACAUAACAGCACUCUUUAAUUUAGCAACAACACUGCUCUGCUAACUUCCUGUUUCCACCUCUAUCGCACCAAGCGUCCAGCCGUUAUUUUCUGGCUGGGUCUCUUGUUUCAUAUGCGAAGUUUUGAGCAGAUCGGUCAAUGUACGGCAAAAUACCUGUUUCACUACCUGUUUCAUGGCGAAUGGCUAAAAUGAGCCCAAAUUCCGAUGGUUGUCAUGGCCACGCCAAACUCAAAAUGGCGACUUCCUGUUGAGUUGAGGCCAUGGUCCCAAUAGACUUGUUUGUUGGUCUUGGACUGUGACAUGUUCCCACAAAGUUUGGUGAAAUUUGGUGCAACAUAGUUUUGUCUUUGUCCUACCGGGUUUCACUUUUGGGGGGGCGCUACUGCCAAUUUUUGUGCAUUUGUCCAAUCAGGUGAUUGUACACUAACAAAAAAGUUAAGUGCCAUUAUUUUAUUUUACAUUUCUGCCACAUAAAUAAAACAAUUUAAUAAUAUAAUAUUUAAGUGGUGCCACAGACCAUUCUGACCCCUCUUUUAAACCACCACUCAUGUUAGUCAGGUUAGUGUUAUACAGAUAUACUAGUAUUUAUUGGUGCUCUUCCUGGAUCCGUAGCAGCUGUUUUCACAAAAGUCCAGUUAACAUAUCCAUGACAGUUAGCUGCCACAGGCCCUUUGGUAACCCUUAGCUUAUGUUUCAGUGUGUAGAGAGUGCCAAAGCCUCCAAUUCAGAUCUGGGAUUAACAUUAUACCUCAAUAAAUCUGAUAUGUUCUUCCCCCAGGGGA